AUGGAAUCACCACCACUGACGCUCUUACGAAUCAAGCGGAAACGCACCGAGGAGCCGCUUGAUGCAUUGUUGGUCCAAACGCAAGCCAACGAGAAAAGGCCUCGAAAGGAUAACGACAAGGCAUUGUCAGUAUCACCCUCGGCGCUGCCUACUUUUUUUCGCUUGGCUGAGACGGUCGAAGAGAAGGGAUUCAAGAAUGCAGCUGAUGCACAAAAACUCAAAGAUCGAAUCGCUCUACGUGUCAAUCGGAUACCUGAGACAGUUCAGGAACGAAAAGAUCGCUUGAUGCAGCAAAAUAUGAAUACCAUCCGAGAAGCCCGUUACCGCGUGGUGCAGAAGAAUCGAAACAGCGCACAUAUGCCGGAUAUGGAUAUGUUUAACAUGUACGAGGCAGUGCGCGAGGACGAGCAUCCAAAAGCACCCAAGCUUUUCCCAGAUGAAGACAACGCUGAUGAUGAGGAUAUCAUGUGCAACUUUAUUCCAAUGGUCAAGGAGUAUUUAACACUCAAUGAUCGCAAACAAGAAGAGGAGGAUGAUUAUGUAUAUGAUGUCUAUUAUCAAGAUAACAGCGAAUCAGGUGCCUUUAAAGAUCUCACCAUUGGCUCAUUAAUAUGGUUCAACGAAGAGACACAAUACAUGAAUGAUGAAUCUGACAGUGAAGCAGCGGAUUUCGAUGAUGAAGACUCCAAUGCUGAGGACUUUUAUCAAAAUGAUUACCCUGAUGAGGAGAGUGAUGAAGAAUUUGAAGAACAAUAUGGCUACUCGUCUGGAGACGAUGACGAUCAUCAUUAUUAUUGA